GAAAUCCUUUCCCAAUUUAGCGGUGGCUCGCGGCGCCGGCUUUAGGUUGCUCUAUUGCAAAAUAUGUCAUAAGUUAAAACCUAGGCUAGGCCCUCUUUUCAAUCCUCCGACCAAAAACGAGAAAUCACUGCCUUCCUUCAAUCUUAAGCUCGAAUCAUCGCAUUACUACACAUGUAUUAAUUACUAUUAACCACACAAAAAAAAAUGGACAUGAAACCACAUCCUCUAUUGAUACAGCAGCAGCAGCAGCAGCAGCAGCCGAUGCAGCUGCAAGAACCUCCUGCUGCGGCGAGCCAAAACCCUAACCCACCGUAUUCUGCGGAUGCACCGCCGAAACAGGUGGCUCUGGCUAUGGAAAGGCUAGGUCAAGCCUCCCGACUCAUCGCUGACGUCAGACUAGGCGCUGAUCGCCUCCUCGAAGCGCUAUUCAUUGCUGCAGUUCCUCACCAGAGCAAUAAACCUUUGCAAUUGUUUGUUAAAGAAGAUGCUUCCAUGCGCCAACACCUCCAAGACCUCCGCUCCGUUGGAAGGCAACUAGAAGAAUCUGGAGUUUUGAAUGAAACUCUUCGGUCACGUAGUAAUUCGUGGGGUUUGCACUUGCCGGUGGUGUGUCCGGAUGGUGCUGUUGUUGCCUAUGCUUGGAAACGACAGCUUGCUGGACAGGCUGGUGCAUCUGCAGUUGAUAGAACCAGGUUAGCUCUUAAGGCAUUUACAGAUCAGAAAAGGCGAUUUUUUCCUCACCUUGAUGAAGGACAAGAUGUUCAAAGUACGGAACCAGCAUCAAAGAAGCAUUGUAUUCCGAAAGAUCUACUGCUGAAUUAUCAAGAAGAGCUUAGUGAUUGCAAGACACUUUCGGAUGUUUUAACAUGCUUGGAGAAAGAAAUGCUGAAUUUGAAAGUUCUCACUUAUGAACGAUUGGAUUGGUUUAAAAGAGCUUCCUCUUUACCAGCUUCAGCAAGUGAGAAUCCUCUAGACACAUCGAAAGACCAUGGUUUUCAUAGUUUAAGUAAACUAAGAACAGUAUCGCAGAGUGCUGCAGCUACUGAUAAGAUUGCUGUUAUCGAGUUGUUCUUUCCUUCCGUGUUCAGAGCUAUAAUAUCAUUGCAUCCAGCUGGUUCCAUUGACCCAGAUGCAGUAGCUUUCUUUUCACCCGAUGAGGGAGGCAGCUAUAUACAUGCAAGAGGUUUUUCAGUUCAUCAUGUAUUCAGAAAGAUAUCGGAGCAUGCUGCUAUGGCCUUGCAGCAUUUUCUUGGGGUCAGCUCUAGAACAGCCUUAUAUUCUAUCGUGCACUGGAUAUGCUGCUACCAGACACUAUUUACCAAAGUUUGCAGUAAGUGUGGAAAGCUACUGGCAAUGGACCGAAAAUCAAUGUUGCUACUACCCCCAGUUUAUCGUCCUUAUCUACACUUUUCUACCUUGCAAAUUGCAUCAACUCAGACCAAUUCCUCGGCCAAGGACCACGGUUUGGAGAACCUGGGGGCAUUUCAUAUUGGUUGCUUUACAGAGGAGCUGUAGCUUCUGCCACUGACAUUUCUACUCAAAAGAUACUGUAGCUGAUUCGAGGAGGUAGAAAGAGUUCUUCUACUUGGUGUGGAAUCUUUAUUUGUCAAUGAUCAUGUAAGAUUUUUCUUCACUCAAAUGGUAAAAGAAAUAUGUUAGUAUCAUGUUUAUGUGCCCAAGCUUCUUUUUAUUUUUUAUCAAAUGCUAUAGUUUUGCAGGA